UACACCUCCAGAAAUUUCAAGAAGCUACUUUCUCUUCCUCCUUCCAAUAUAUAUACACCAACAUCGAUCAACAACUACCAGCAAACAAGAUCUAUUGAAGAAAACUAGUAAUAUAAGAUGUCACUAUUUCAAUCCCUCUUGGAUCAGCGAAACUUUCUCGAUCCUUUCCGAGGCUUCUUCUUCGAAAGCUCGGAUACCCGGAUGGACUGGAAGGAAACCCCUCACGUCCACAUCUUUGAGAUUGAUCUUCCGGGUGUUGCGAAAGAGGACGUGAAGCUUCAAGUGCAUGACGACAGAGUGAUUCAUAUUAGUGGGGAGAGGAAAGAUUUGCCGGACGACGACAAGGCCGACAAGUGGCACUGCAAGGAGAGAGGUCGUGGCAGCUUCUCGAGGCAGUUCCGUUUGCCGGAAAAUGCAAAGGUCGACGAAAUUAAGGCUUCAAUGCGUGAUGGGGUGCUUACUGUAACUGUCCCUAAAGAUGAGACCAAAAAGAAGCAUCAACAGCAUAAGGCGGUUGAGAUUUCCGGAGAUGAUGAAGGACAUGGGGAUGGGGAUCCUCCUAAAGGACUUGGUCGUUUUAUUUGCUUCAAAGCUUAAAUAUUUAUGCAGUCGUCAAAACUGCUGCCUUUGUGGAUUGGUUCAUGUCAUUUUCUUUCCAAUAAUCUGGAGUGAUUUUAUCUUGCUUAAUUCUUGUAAAUGUGGAUAUAUAUAUAUUUUUUUGUCUUUUGUCUUUUUUUU